UUCCUAAUCCAUUUCCAUAUCAUGUCUCACUCCUCCCUCUCUUUCUCUCAGUUUUGAAUAUUUACAAUGGGACCUUUUUCUGUACUGUACCUAUUUGCUUCAAAUCCUUUUAUCUCAUUCCAAUAUAUGUACAUAUCUUGACUUUUUAUUAGAAUCUGGUUGUGGAUUCCAUUAAUUCAUGUCCAUUUUCCCUAGAUCUAUCUCUGGGCUUUCCAGAUCUAGAAUCUAUGCAUUUUGGUUUCCACAAGCAAAUGUUCAAAGAUGUCACCUGAUAUCAUGUAAUUUUGAUUUCUUUGCUAUCUCCAACACAUGGAACAUGUUACUGGAUUAUAAGAAAUGUUAGGAGGAAGUGAUUUGUUGUUGAUUGGAACAUGAAUCUUUGAAAAAUGGAUGACGAUGGGUUUCGUAAUUGGGGUUACUACGAACCAGCUGCUGCUACUACGUUCAAAGGCAAUCUCGGGUUGCAGCUAAUGUCAAGCGCUGACCGGAACACCAAACCGUUUUUACCCGGUCGAGACCCGAAUCUAAUGAUGAGCCAAAACGGGUCAUACCACCACCACCACUCCGAGCCACCAAUCCACAUGAGCUACAAUUGGAUUAACCAACAGAAAGACAAGUUCUUCAACAUGUUACCUGUAACGACCACUCCUAAUUACGGAAAUGCCCUUCCCGAAACUUCAUCAGCCCCAUCAAUGCACCAUCAUCACCAUCAUCAUCAUCAAACCGAGGAAACCCCGGUUAAAUGCGAAGAAGAAGAAGAGACUGUUCAGCCUAACAAGAAGAGAAAGACUAACUCAAAAGCUAGCGCGACGACAACAAAAGGGAAGAAGCCACGUAAACCGAAGGAAGAGAACGAUAACAAGACUAACGUUUCAAGAGUCAAACCGGCUAAGAAAAGCGUUGACUUGGUUAUCAACGGAGUGAACAUGGACAUUUCCGGUUUACCUGUACCGGUCUGCACUUGCACCGGAGCUCCUCAGCAAUGCUACCGUUGGGGAUGCGGCGGUUGGCAGUCUGCGUGUUGCACCACGAACAUAUCGAUGCAUCCGUUGCCGAUGAGUACUAAACGCCGCGGAGCGAGGAUCUCCGGGAGGAAGAUGAGCCAAGGAGCGUUUAAGAAGGUUCUUGAGAAACUUUCUUCUGAUGGGUUUAACUUUGGGAGCCCCAUUGAUCUUAAGAGCCAUUGGGCUAGACAUGGGACUAACAAGUUCGUCACCAUCAGAUGAUUAGUUUCAGGUAAUCUCAUCUUCGUUUUAAGAGUUUGGAAACAGUCCUUUUUUAUCAUACGGUUGCUUUUAUGUUCUUGUAGCCUUGUCUGUUUGUUUGUUUGUUUGUAUGUCUGAGGAAGAAGGUGACUGAUAAAAUCUGCACGGAAGUUUGAAUUCUUUUACUUUUUUUUUCUUUUUCUUUUGUUAUUUUUUAUAAACAUUUUACUGACUUGUAAGUUGUAACAGAUAUUCAUUUUAAUUAAAUGUUUUUAUUUCUCAGAUAA